UAUCGCGAUAGUUGAACAAGUGGGCCCGAUGUCAUAAACGACAUUAAGGAAUUAACAAAAACAUACGGAUCCCUGAAGUCACAAAAUGUGAUACUUUUAUCCUGUACACACAAGUUAUUGUCUGGUUGGAUUCCGGAGCUCACAGGGGAGAGUCGUGGAUAAAAUAAAUAAAUUUAAUAAACUUCUGCAGCUUCGUCUCAAGGAGGUGGUCUACAGAAGAGGAGACACUCAGCUGUUAUUCUGCGUAAGUAUAUCGAGGGACAUGCAAAAAAACAGAGUCGUAUAUGCAUUUUGCACACACACUCGGCAAAUAUAAAUUCUGAAAUAUUAUCUCACUAUCAUAUCAUCUGCUAGACAAUUUAUCUUUCCCAUCAUACGUCAGCAGCCACCGCUCUGCUAUUAAAAAUCACUUGUAUAAUGUUGUCAACAGCCUGUAUGAGAGGUCAAGCGUGCGGACAUUUGCUCGAAUUGUGCAAAAGAUCGACGGUGACCAUGGUAAUGUGCAAAUUCGAGCUCAUGGAAACAAAGCUUGGAACGUCUCAACGGUUUUAAAUAGAAUCACUUCGGGGGAACGUUCGAUUAAACUUUGGCAGCCAUUUUGACCUUUUAACAUUAUUACUCACAUAGACAUACAUGUGUAGCACAAUAAAAUAGAAGUAAAUGUUAAGUGACUCUCUAAUUAUUAAAGUAAUUUAACAAGUGUUAAAACACCAAUGUGCUAUUUCUUAGGAGCUGUGCUGAUCUGAUAAUUUACAAAACAGUUUUUAUUCUUCAUCCUCAAAAUAAUCUGUUCUAUGUGAUGACAUGUCACACUUAUCUUUUGUUCUGUUGUUCUUCACUGAAUAAGCAUAAAAAUACCAACUUUCCAACACUGUAUGACCUGAAGUCCCAUUGGGUCAGUACCAACAUUUUACAUCAAAUUGAAUUUGCUUGUCUACCUGCUAUUUCUACAAAGGAGCAAAAAGGCGACUUUCAGCUCUCACAAACAAACAGUGCACACUACAUGCCUUUUCAAACGUUAUGAACGCAGGUGUCUUCACAACUCAGAGAAAACAGGACUUGCAACCAGUGUGCACAUGACUUCAAUGUAAAGUAGUUUUUGGUUUUGUACCCUUUGAACUGUGCUGAAGCACGAAUAGCUCCAAAGUCUGUCAGAUAGGUUACUACUCUUUUUUUUUUGUUCCCCCAGUCCGGGGAAAAAAACAAAACAACGGACAAAUGCACAGCGGUGUAAUCAGUGAUCAGUGGUUGGAUGUGUCCUGUGGAGCAUUCAAGUCAAUCAUUACACACAGGGUACACAACUCCAGUCUCUGGUCAGAUUUCUGCUACACUGCCUUACUGCUGAGCUGGAGGGCAUAGAACAGGCUUCCACAGGAACCCACAGGCUUUAUAUUCCAUUUGCAACCUUCACAGGUAGGCUACGUCAUAAGAUAUAACAGCUAUCGUCUAUGUACGGUUUUGGUUGUUUUAAACACAAAAGGUAGGCAAUAGUCUGAGCACUUAGUUUUUAGCCUUUACAAGUGAGCUAACAAGCAACACAUGGACACAUUAUUCAUUAAGUGAGUAGAAUAGGAAUACAACAGCAUCACACACUAGUGUACUUCUUAAGUCUUUAGAUUUAACCGGGCAAGAUCAGAGCUACCAAUCAGUCGCGAGGACUGUACAGCUUAUUAACCGGAAGUAUAAUACAGUGUUACAGUGUAAGUAUUGAUUUCCUGGCCACAGAAAUUUUUAUUUAUUACAAUGCUGCAAAUGUCACUGGCAUUUUAAUCUUCAAUGCAUCGUGCUAGUAAUUCAAGUUUUGCAAUUACCUCACUGUGAUAUAGUUUUACUACAGUAUUCACUACACCAUGGUUGUAUUCAAUGUGGUCUUUUUUUUUUUUUUUUUUUUAAAGAACAUGUUCGUGUGGAAACUGUCUGUAUAAACUAUGACUUUUUAAUUUCUCAGGCAAUUUCGGCUCAGACCCACUGAACUGUCCAUGGCCCGUGUUCUUUCCCUGUUUCGACCUCAGCCUUUUCUGGUCCACGUGAGCAGGAGAAAACCUAUGUUGUGCAAAAUGUCAAUGGACUCGCGUGCACGCAAGGUGUUUGCAGCCGCGGUGGAAGCUGUGCAGCCAGACACGGUGGUCCGGCAGAGUAUAGAGCGCAAAGAGGACUCGGUCAUUAUCAGUGGUCAUAAAUUCACGCUCGAGCACAACCUGCACUUGGUUGGCUUUGGAAAAGCUGUACUAGGAAUGGCUGCUGAGGCAGAGAGGAUUAUGGGGGAUCAUUUGGUGAAAGGAGUAAUAAGCGUGCCACAUGGGAUUCAGCAGACAUUACAGCAGCAUGGAAAAAAUCAUCUCUUGUUAAAAGAAAACAGUCGCAUCAGAGUGAUGGAGGGAGCUAAAUACAACUUGCCUGACAUUGAUGCCCAGAAGGCAGCUGAAGGGAUCAAGCAGUUAGCCAGUGAACUGACGGAGAAAGACCUGCUACUUGUACUGAUUUCAGGUGGAGGCUCUGCGCUCUUACCUGCCCCCAUCCCACCAGUCUCACUGCAAGAGAAACAGGAUGUGACCCGCAAACUUGCAGGUGCUGGUGCCACUAUUCAGGAGCUGAACACUUUCCGACGGGCCCUUUCUGUUUUAAAGGGUGGAGGCCUUGCGCAUUGUGCUCACCCAGCCCAGGUGGUUUCACUGAUAUUGUCCGAUGUAAUUGGGGACCCCCUGGACUUGAUAGCCAGUGGCCCCACCGUGUGGAGUGAGGUGUGGCCUGAAGAAGUUUUGUCAGUCCUUGAACGUUAUAAGCUGCUGAACUGCAUACCAGCCUCAGUAAAGGAAGUUCUUGGAAAACCAAUGCCGAAGUGGAGGGAGAAUAAAGGGGAAUCUAAUACAUCAGGACGUGUUCUCAAUACUGUGAUUGGCUCCAACAGCGUUGCCCUCAAAUGGGCAGGUCGCCAUGCUCGGGAGUUAGGUUUCCGCCCUGUCGUGCUGGCACCGGGAGUGUGUGGCGAUGUGAGGUCAGUCUCCCGACUAUACGGCCUCCUGGCUCGCUUUGCCUGUUCUCGAGAGGAACCUCCUCCAGAGAUUGCGGCUGAGCUGCUGAGGCUGGGGCCUGAAGUAGGCGUGGAGAGCUGGGACCUCUGCCGCACCAUGCAGGUCUUAGGUGAAGGGCGUACGGAAGGAUGGGGUUCCACGUGUCUGUUAGCUGGAGGUGAGCCCACCGUGGCGCUGACGGGCAAGGGUCGAGGUGGUCGAAACCAGGAGCUGGCUCUGCGAGUGGGACUGGAGCUGAGAGACCUGAAGCUUCCGCCUAAUGGUCCCGUGUUCCUCAGUGGUGGAACCGAUGGUCAGGAUGGACCCACUGAGGCAGCAGGGGCCAUCACUGAUGGGGGGUUAUAUGAAGAGGCACAAGCACAGGGGCUGGAUGUCGACAACUUCCUUACCAACAAUGAUUCUUACACUUUUUUUACCCGUCUUUCUGCUGGGCAGCGCUUACUUCUACCUGGCCUAACCUGCACCAAUGUGAUGGAUGUGCACAUGCUACUCAUUCCACCCAUUCCCAUUAACAUAUAAAAUACAUAUAAAAUAAAAUGAUCUUGGUCCAGCAGAUCUGGAUAAAUAAAUGCAUUAAUGGGUC